AUGUUUUGGAUGGAUGGAUACAAUACACACCUGCCUAGGGAUUCCACCACUCUCGCCAACCUAACCAUUAUGUCUACCCAGACCACGCAGAAGAGGACGCACGCGGGGCAUUCGCAUAGACAUGGACAUCACCACCAUUAUGCUGACAAUGCCUAUCUUACGAGCAUAAACAAGAAUAACCCGGGCGUACGAAUCACUCGCGUGGGGCUUUAUAUCAAUCUUGGAAUGGCUAUUGCUAAAGGUGCUGGUGGAUACGUUUUCAAUUCUAAGGCGUAA